UUGUAGAUAGAAGAAUGCCGAAAGUGAAGACAAAUCGUGUGAAACACCCAGAGGGUUGGGAAUUGAUUGAGCCUACUCUUCGUGAACUACAAGCAAAGAUGAGAGAAGCCGAGAAUGAUUCUCAUGAUGGUAAGAGAAAGUGUGAGACUUUGUGGCCUAUAUUCAAGAUAGCACAUCAGAAGAGCCGUUAUAUCUUCGACCUUUACCAUCGGCGAAAGGAAAUAUCCAAGGACUUGUAUGAGUUCUGUUUGGACCAAGGUUAUGCUGACCGCAAUCUGAUUGCAAAGUGGAAGAAGGUUUGUCCAAAGUCUAUAUUUUAUUUAAUUCAGCCAUCAUUUGCAAUAGUAGUAAUGUAGAAAUUGAAACUGUUU